AUGCUAGGUUGGAUUAUCACUGGGCCAAUGGAACUUCCGGCUACAAAACUCAGGCCCAGAUUGUCAGGCUAUCUUAUCACCAACCAACAACUGCAUGAUCGGGUUGCACGUUUUUGGGAAAUUGAACACGUCACAACGAAACUUCCACAUCCAGAACUAGACCCAAGUGACGUCUGCGAACAACAAUUCACAGCAACAACGAGGCGUGACACGGAAGGGAGAUUUAUCGUCUCUCUCCCUCUCAAAAACGAGGUCAAUGAACUUGGUCACUCUCUAAAGAUGGCGAAAAAACGUCUAUUCGCUAUGGAACGCAAGAGGGAGAAACAUCCUGAAGUGAAUGAAAAAUACAUUGACUUCAUGAAGGAUUAUGAAGAAAAAAAACAAAUGACUCAAAUUCCUCAGGACGAAAUCAGUACUGUGAAAUCAGUAAAUUAUCUACCGCACCAUGCCGUAUUCAAGGAAUGCAGCACAACAACGAAGUUACGGAUUGUAUUCGAUGGCUCUGCAAAAACUUCUUCCGGCCUUUCAUUCAAUGACGUACAACGAGUCGGUCCUGUAGUACAAAACGAUCUCUUAUAA